AUGGCUUUGUGGACCCCCUACGCGGAGGAACCUUUGGACUUAACUACAAAUGUUAAACAGGAAGUCUCACCAGACAGUACCUCAACACCUGGUUCCAAGGUUCCUGACUAUAGAUAUUCAUCAGAGCCACCGAGUUUAGAACAUGAAAAUAGAUCUUACAAUUGUUAUGAGUGCAACAUCCCGCUGUCCCAAAUAUCUCCGGUCGAGAGUUGGAACUACAGAAACGCACCUUCAACAUCGCAAUCAGAGGACUUAGAUGUCGACUCGCUGUCUGAUGAUGCCGAGUAUCAAGCCUUUGAGCAGGAUGCAUUUCGAGCUAUGGCCGAGAAGAAUGGAGGCAGCUUACUUGGAAAUAAUCCGAGAAUGAGGCGAGCGGUCCAAAGGAAUCGAGACGCUGACGACUCGUACAGGAAGCAGAGAGAAAAAAACAAUUACGCGGCGAAACAGAGCAGAGACAGACGAAAGUUAAGAGAAGUUCGUCACGCGUUUCAAGUGACAUAUCUAAAGAAAAGAAUUGCGAAAUUAAGGCCCAAGCUCAGAGAACGAGUAUGUCAACCUUGUCAACAGCAGGGUCGGUUUUAA